UUUUCGAUAAUGGCGCCCGAUGUUGGGACAUCGGGUCACAGUUGGGUCGACGCGUACAAGGGGAUGUCCGCCGAUAACAUCAAGGGUUUGGUCCUCGCGCUGUCUUCGAGCUUCUUCAUCGGUGCUAGCUUCAUUGUUAAGAAGAAAGGGCUGAAAAGGGCCGGCGCUUCCGGAGUUAGGGCUGGAGUUGGUGGCUAUUCUUACUUGUAUGAGCCGCUCUGGUGGGCAGGGAUGAUAACAAUGAUUGUGGGAGAAGUUGCUAAUUUUGCAGCUUACGCAUUUGCUCCUGCUAUUCUGGUUACUCCUCUUGGUGCACUAAGCAUAAUCAUCAGUGCUGUACUAGCACAUAUUAUUUUGCGGGAGAAGCUACAUAUUUUUGGUAUCCUUGGUUGUGUUCUAUGCGUUGUGGGAUCAAUUACAAUUGUCCUCCAUGCCCCCCAGGAGCGUGAGAUUGAAUCUGUGACAGAAGUCUGGGAUUUGGCUACUGAACCAGCCUUUCUGUUCUAUGCGGCUAUAGUAAUUGCAGCAGUAUUUGUACUUAUGUUCUAUGUCAUGCCUCAGUAUGGGCAGACACAUAUCAUGGUGUACAUUGGCAUCUGUUCUCUUGUGGGUUCUUUAUCGGUAAUGGGUGUGAAAGCUCUGGGAAUAGCUCUGAAGCUAACAUUUUCUGGGAUGAAUCAGUUAACAUAUCCACAGACAUGGGCUUUCACCAUAGUUGUAAUUACAUGUGUGGUUACUCAAAUGAACUAUUUGAACAAGGCCCUUGAUACAUUCAAUAUAGCAGUUGUGUCGCCCAUAUAUUACGUGAUGUUUACAUCACUAACAAUUCUGGCUAGCGUUAUCAUGUUCAAGGAUUGGGAUCGGCAGAAUCCAACACAAAUCCUGACAGAGAUGUGUGGCUUUGUAACAAUUCUUUCUGGAACCUUUCUUCUUCACAGGACAAAGGACAUGGUUGAUUGUAAUUCACCCUCUAUCUCAUCACGGCUUCCAAAGCAUGAAGAUGAGGAUGGAAUUCCUCUGAAAUCUCCAGAAUCAUUCAGACUGCCAUAACGCAUUUCAAGAUCUGUUCGGUUUUAUCACAAGUUUUUUUUACAGAGGCAUUCCAUCACUCUUCUCUUUUGUUAUGUGAACAGCUGACAAUUCUUUUCUGGAGAUACAGGGAAUUGCAAUUGGUUCUUUGAAUUAUCUGACGAGGAGGCUCUGUUUCCCUUCCACACGGAGAUUGUAAAGGAAUGUAUGAGGAACACAAUUUUAUAGUCUCUGUAUUUUUUUUACAUGUUUAUCAAAAUUUUCAUUUAUUUUAAUCUUAUACUGUGAUUUUAACUUGGCUGAUCCAUGGGGAACAAAAAGAGCAUCUCAGUAUUUCUAAGGGAACUAGACGCUAGAUCUUUAGCCAUUUUACAGUCUGGCGCUUUGUACUUUGUAGCCAAAUUUAUUUAGUAUCGUCUUCUUUAGCUCUGAAAGGCAUCUAGAGAAGAAUUCUGCAAUUCGUCUCUCUUUAUCUAUGGACAUCAUUGUUAAUUGGUUCGAAGCGGAUGCUAGCAGCUGCACAUUGUAAGAAAAUGUACAAGGAACAUUGUUA